AUGAGCGGUGGUCGACUUUGCACUUUGUUGGGAGAAUUGGGGUACGAAGGGUGGGAAGCAUUGGAUCCUGAUAGCUUCGAAUGGCCGUUUCAGUAUGAAGACACCCGCCCCCUUCUCCACUGGAUCUGCUCCAAUCUUCGUCCCUCCAAUGUCCUCUCCCUCUCUGAACUUUCCCAGUACGAGCAGUUCAAGGAAGAAGGGAAGCUGUUAGAGGGUGAGGAUUUGGACUUUGCUUACGACAGCAUUUCGGCCUUCUCUGAUAGGAGAGACAAUCAGGAGGCGGUUUUUGGUGCUGAGGAGGGAUUGAAAGAUAUCAAGGAGGCGACUCUGGCAUAUAGAGAGGAGGCCUUGGCCUUGCAGAGGCAACUGAGUCAUCUGCAAUCUCAGUUUGACAUGCUUUCAGGACAGGGUUCAGCAUUGACACAAGGAAGACGGGUGCGCCUUGCUGCAACUUCUAUUGUUAAUGGACACCUUGCCAAUAUCGAUGAUAGCCUUUCUGUCAGAAAUUUACAGGCAAAAGAUGGUAUAUAUUUGGCAUACUCAGACUUCAACCAAUUCUUGCUUGGAGACUCAUUAUGUCUAAAAGAGCUAAAUCAGUGGUUUGCUAAGCAACUGGACACAGGUCCAUUUCGACUUGUUGCUGAGGAGGGGAAAUCUAAAUGCUCUUGGGUGAAUCUUGACGAGAUCUCAAAUACCUAUGUUAGAGGUGUACAUGGUGGUCCUUACAAUUCACUUGUCUUUUUUCUCAUUCUCUACUACUCAAUACCAUUUGGCGUAAGUGAAAAACAAUGGGUUGAAGCACAGGUCGAGAAUGCCAAACAGCAGGCUAUUUUAAUGACUCUCAAAUCACAAGUAUCAUCGGAUGAAGCUCACAUUCAUCUUGAUCUUCAUUCUCUUAGGAGAAAACAUUCUGAAUUGAAAGGAGAACUUUCAAAUCUUUAUAGCCAUGAAGAAAAGCUGCUAUCAGAGACUAUCUCAGAUUUGUGCUGGGAGCUAGCUCAACUCCAAGAUACAUACAUUUUACAAGGUGAUUAUGAUUUGAAGGUCAUGCGACAAGAGUACUACAUUAACCGGCAGAAAGCAUUCAUAAACCAUCUCAUCAAUCUGCUUGCUAGGCAUCAGUUCUUAAAGAUAGCCUGCCAAUUGGAAAAGAAGCACAUGCUUGGAGCAUUUUCAUUGCUCAAGGUUAUUGAGUCUGAGCUGCAAGCAUACUUGUCUGCAACUGAGGGACGGGUGGGUCGUUGCCUGGCCCUGAUCCAAGCAGCAUCUGAUGUUCAAGAACAAGGAGGAGUACAUGACAGUGAUCAUUUCUUGCAUGCUAUUAGAGACCUGCUAAAAAUAUAUUCAAAUACACAAGCUUCACUGUCAACCUAUGUAUCAGCUCCUGGCAUUGUCCAGCAGAUAUCAGCUCUUCAUUCGGAUUUGAUGAGCCUUCAGUCGGACCUUGAGAAUUCUCUUCCAGAUGACAGAAAUAGGUGUAUUAAUGAACUGUGCAACCUUAUUCAAAGUCUGCAGCAACUGCUCUUUGCAUCUUCAACAACAGCACAACCAAUACUGACCCCUCGGCCAUUAAUGAAAGAGCUUGAUGAAAUGGAAAAGAUUAACGCAAAGCUGUCUGCUGCUGUUGAAGAGGUGACACUCGAGCAUGUCAAGAAGAAUGAGAUUGUGAAACAUCAUUCACAAGAAAUUGGACUUCAAAGACGAGUCUUUGUUGAUUUUUUCUGCAAUCCAGAGCGAUUAAGGAGCCAAGUUAGGGAACUGACUGCUCGGGUCAGAGCCUUGCAAAUUUCAUAG